ACGUCCCGCGCGCGCCUCCGCCUCAGGGCCGGCGCGGACGCGCGCUUGCUCACUCGCUGGCUGCCUGGCCGGCCACUCGCUUGCUGGCCGCUCGCUUCCCGUGUCGGGAUCCUGCCGUGGGUCUGUCCGUCCGUCAGUCUGCCCGCCCUUCUGCCGGGGCGCGGCAGGGUCGGGGGAGGCCGAGGCCGGGCCAGGCCGGCCGGAGAUGGUGAUUUGCUGCGCCGCGGUGAACUGCUCUAACCGGCAGGGCAAGGGCGAGAAGCGGGCCGUGAGCUUCCACAGGUUCCCCCUGAAGGAUUCCAAGCGGCUGCUCCAGUGGCUGAAGGCGGUCCAGCGGGACAACUGGACGCCCACCAAGUACUCCUUCCUGUGCAGCGAGCACUUCACCAAGGACAGCUUCUCCAAGAGGCUGGAGGACCAGCACCGGCUGCUCAAGCCCACGGCUGUGCCGUCCAUCUUCCCCUGGCCGGACAAGAAGCCGAGCGGCCGCGGCCAUGGCCGGGGCCGCCGCAGGGAAGCCAGCCAGCCUGCCGGCGCUGUGAGCCAAGCCCCGGCGGACGAGGCCGGCGCGCGCUCCCCGCCGCCCUCCCCUGACGAAGAGCCGAUGGAGCGAGCGGCGAGCGGCCCCGCGGCGAGCUCUCCGGAGGGAGCCGCGGGGCGGACUGCGGAGCCCGAGGGCCGGCCCGACGAGCGCAGCGGCAUCUCGGCCGAGGACUUCAGCCCCCCCGGCUCGGGCGCCUGCAAGUUCAUCGGCUCCCUGCACUCGUACAGCUUCUCGUCCCGGCACACGCGCGAGCGGCCCUCGCUGCCGCGCGAGCCGCAGGACAGGAAGAGGCCCAAGAGGGACGGCGAGGCGGGCAGCAGCCGCAGCGGGGCCGGCCCGGGCCCCUCCCUGCCCGCCGCGCCGCAGGCGCCCCCCUGCGACGGGCCCCCGCAGCCAGCCGCCGAGGCCGCGCUGGGCCAGAAGGGCGCCCCGGACGCCAGCCCCAUGUCCAUCAACGAGGUGAUCAUGUCGGCGUCCGGCGCCUGCAAGCUCAUCGACUCGCUGCACUCGUACUGCUUCUCGUCGCGCCAGAGCAAGAGCCAGGUGUGCUGCCUGCGCGAGCAGGUCGAGAAGAAGAACGGCGAGCUGAAGCUGCUGCGCCAGAGGGUCAGCCGCUCGGACAGCCAGGUCAGGAAGCUGCGCGAGAAGCUCGAUGGCUUCCAGAGACUCGCUUUGCCCUACUUGAGUAGCCUCCUGGCCCCAGACUGCGAGACCCCGAAGAUGAGCCCCCUCAUCGAGCCCCUCUCCUGGAUGCUGGGCACCUGGCUCUCGGAGCCCCCCGGACACGGCGUCUACCCGAGCCUGCAGCCCUUUCACUACCUGGAGGAGGUGCACAUCAGCCACGUGGGCCAGCCGAUGCUGAACUUCUCGUUUAACGCCUUCCAUCCAGACACCAAGAAGCCAAUGCACAGGGAAUGUGGGUUCAUCCGUGUCAAGCCCGACUCCAACAAGGUGGCCUUUGUUAGCGCACAGAACACAGGGAUCGUGGAAGUGGAAGAAGGCGAGGUGAACGGGCAGGAGCUCUGCAUAGCGUCUCACUCCAUCGCCAGGAUGUCCUUCGCAGCGGAGCCCCGGGUGGAGCAGAUCAUGCGCACGUUCCGCCUCACCACCGACGGGAGGCUGGAGCAGACGGUCUCCAUGGCGACCUCCAGCCAGCCCAUGACGCAGCACCUGCACAUCACCUACAAGAGAGUGUCGCUGCCUCCGCCUUCGCCUUCGCCUUCGCCCUUGGAGGCCCCGCUCUGAGCGGGAGGGAGCGCCGCGGCGCAGAGGCGGCCCCCACCCAGAGAGGCCAGCCCUGCCACGGCCCAGAAACCAAAUAAAAGCCCUUUAUUUUUAA